AUGACCACUCUUGAUGAUAAGUUGUUGGGCGAAAAGACGCACUACUACUGCGAUAGUAGUGACGAUGAAGACGGUGGUAAGGGAAGCUCCACAGUGCAAGCACCGCCAAGUGAUGACUUUCGUGGUACCUCCAAAAUCCGCAGUGACUUCUCUCGAAAAUGGGACAACUCUGUCAAUACCGGACCAAAAGGGGUGAUCAAGGACUUUCAGCGAUACAAACAGUUUGAAAAUGAACAACGAGAAAGCCAAGAUGCCGAGAAACUGGCACUGAUGAAAAAGCUUUCACUUUCCUGUCGAUCGUACAUUGAUGAGAAGGUCGAACAGAAGCUGAACGCCGGGGAGGAGGACCUAGGGGAUGAUGCCGAUGAUAAUGACCCCUUCAUCAAGGAGUACAUUGCUAAGCGCAUGCGAGAGAUGCUAGAACGGUAUCAGCAGCGAGAGGUGAAGAAAGUCUUCGGUGAUCUGGCUUUCCUCAACACCGGUGAGGCGCUGUUGUCGAUUCUUGAGGAUAAAGACUUGAAGAACAUUCUGGUGGUGACACAUGUGUACAAUCGCAAGAUUCCCGAGUGCAAGACGAUGAACAGCUGUCUCGAUAAGCUCGCAAAGAAGUACCAGCAUGUCAAGUUUUGCUGUCUUGACGCAAGUGUUGCUGGAAUGAGCUACGAGUUUAUUAAAAACGGAGUACCAGCGUUACUCGUCUACAAGAACGGAGAUUUGGUGGGCAACUUUGUCAGCUUGGGCGAUGAAUUUGGCGAAAAGUUUGACGAAGGCGAUNCAAGAAGUACCAGCAUGUCAAGUUUUGCUGUCUUGACGCAAAUUAAAAACGGGGUACCAGCGUUACUCGUCUACAAGAACGGAGAUUUGGUGGGCAACUUUGUCAGCUUGGGCGAUGAAUUUGGCGAAAAGUUUGACGAAGGCGAUGUCGAAGACUUUCUGGUCGA